ACCUUAUAUAUACUCCAUGUCCAUAAUAAGCCAUGAAAUAAAAUUAAACAUGGAACAAGAACCUAGCCAUGGAAGAAAAUCGAAUGGUGGUGGUGGUGCUGGUGGUGGAGAUAUCAAAUACCGAGGCGUACGGAGGCGGCCGUGGGGGAAAUUCGCAGCGGAGAUACGUGACUCGGCCCGACAAGGGGCACGUGUAUGGCUAGGAACAUUUAACACUGCUGAAGAAGCUGCUAGAGCAUACGAUAGGGCAGCAUAUUCAAUGAGGGGACAUUUAGCUAUACUUAAUUUCCCUGAGGAGUAUAAUUUGCCUAGUAGCUCAUCACAUUUUUAUACUGGUACUGGUACUGCUGCUGCUGCUUCUUCUUCUUCUUCAUCAUCAUCAAGGCAAGUUCUUGAAUUUGAAUACUUGGAUGAUAAGUUGCUAGAGGAACUUCUUGAUUGUGAUGAAGAUCCAAACAAGAGGAAAUGAAGAUCAUUUCAAAUAUCAGGGUCGGAGGCAGGAUGAUUUUUAUUAAAGAAGUUCAUCAACUAAUAUAUACGUAAUAUAUAUAUAUAUAUAUAUAUAUAUAUAUAUAUAUAUAUAUAUAUAUAUAUAUAUUUGACCUUAUAUAUAUAUACAUGCAAUAUGAUUUUUUUUAAAAAAGGGUUGGUAUGAACUUCUAGCUCCGUCACUGAUUUCAAUGUUCUUGGUCUAUUUAUCAUUUUAUCUCCAAUACUCUAUUUUCACUAUGAAAAGUCCAUCUUUGUUUCCUAAAAUCAAAUUAUUAUUCUUAGGAUGGGGUGGUGUUUGUUUUCGUAAUGCCAUUUUCUUUUCAUUAUUUUUACUUUUUAAAUUUCCUUUUUUUUUUUUUUUUUUUUUGAAUGAAGCGAUCAAUUUGCUGGUGCAAUUCUUGUAACUCAAUUGUACUGUACUGUUUACUAAUGCAAAUGCUGAAAGGCCAACUACAAGAAAGUCUUUGUGAUCAUAAAUAUUGUCAUUUCUCUCAACAAAUAUUAGAUGUUCCCUUCAUAUAAUUUUUCUGUCAGCUAUGCAACUGACAGAGAAAACAAGUUAUAAAAAAAAUGUGGCCCUUGACAAUUUCUUCAUCAGUUUGACUAUUAUUUGUUGGCAGGUCCAAAAUGUCACAUUCUUGCUGCGUAUGUUUGGACAUAAUUUCUACUAAUAGAAAGGAAUCAUUAAUCUGUC